AUGGAUACAAUAGAGGAGAUCUCACGAGGCAUCUCACGAUUCCAAAGACUGUCAGCAGAGAACCCGAGGGCUUUGAUUGCCCAUCGAAAAGAGCUCGAGUCUUUGUAUCACAUAAUCUCGUCACUGUUACAAUUUCCUGAUCAAUCGGAUUGUGUCCAGGAAAAUGAAUCAGCGAGUCCACCAACUAGCGGGAGUCCUCAGACACCUCCGAAUCCACUCUCUCAAGUUACUCGCAUCGUGAACCAUCUCGAGAGACAGAAAGUUGCAAUCACAGAAUUUGGUGCACGAUCUCCAGCACAUGCCACCGUUGAUGAAUCGAACAAAGAGGACUUUCGUGUUCGAGACGGCAAACGAGUGUUGGGAAGGGGGAAGAGGACGAUGAAUGAAUUCUUCAGAGCUGGGCUGGGCGCAUGUUCACUCGCAGAAGACUUCUUCAAAUGGGCAAAAGAUGCCGGUUAUGCUUCGAAGUUGGAUAAAAUGUUUGAAGGUGAUUCCAGGACAGGAGGGAACUAUCAGAAAUACGUGAAGGCAUGUCCCAAUCUAAUCGAUAAAGAUCAAGCAACUUCAUUGAUCGGGAUCGGCGUCAGGUUCAAAUUCAUCGAGCGGGCUUGCAAAAGACUCCUCCAAUGUCCUUCUCCUGACGCUGAAAGCUUGUCCUCACCCUGCUCAUUUGUCUGGAUAACCUUCUUUGCAUGGAGUCUUUUUAGGCGUUCCUCUAACGAAGCCCUACGAGAAGUUGCAGCUCGCCUUACAUCUAGCCACGAUUGGAACGUCCUGGCACGAAGUAAGAAUGACUGGAUUGAGAGUUGCUUUGCACAAUACGGCACCUCAAGUCUCUCUACACAUGCCCAAGUGACCAAAAUAUCUUCAGCUGCAAACAAGUCUACAGGUCACCCGCCUUCUUCCUCUGAGACUACGGGCUCCAACACAAAUGAAGUUGCCAAUAAUCCUUUGACGAAGUCUGGACAAUCAACCUCACAACCGCUGGAGACUAACCGAAAGAGAAACCGACCUCAUGACAAUGUGUCCUAUGGGCCACAGAAGCGACGGAGACCUUACAGUGCGACUCGUUUGGGAGAGGUCGGUACACCGGACCGGACUGUCAACCCCGAGGCAUCACCCACCGAUUUUACGGAGGCCGCUUCUUCUUCACCAGCAAGUACGGCAUUUGCCCAGGCUCGAAUUGUUGACAGCAACCUCCCUGUCGCGAGACCUCCCGUGCAAUCCUCCAGUGUUGAAACAUUGGCAUCUGUUGAUAUCAACAUCCCUCGGUGCAAACAUGACAUACCUGGAUCAGCCCUGUGUUUGGAGUUAGACAGACCGUCCCCUGGUCCCAUCAUGCCUUUCUCUGAUCCUGCAGGGGAGAUGCUCCAAUCAUCACCAAGCUCCUUUACUGAGAUAAUGGCAUCUAUUGAUGUCAAUGCCACUGAUUUAAUACAUGAAAUACCUUUAUCAGUCCUGUUCCCAGAUCAAAACACAUCAUCACCCGCCCCUAAUAUGCCUUUUUCUGAAGCUAUGCAAGGAAUAUUUGAACCAUCAUCACUAUACUCUACUGAAAUAUUUGCAUCAGUCAAUAUUAAUAUUCCUUGUUGUAUACAUGACAUAACCUGGUCAGUUCUUUUGCCUGAAAGAGAUGUAUUAUCACCUACUUCCAAUAUUCUUCUCCCUGCUGAAACUUUUCCAGAGAUAGAUUUCCUAUAUUAA